GCCUUCACCACCGGCCACAGCAGUCGCACCGCGCAUCCCACCGCGACGCGCCAUGUCGCCAGCUGCUACCUGACGGAGCUCCUAGCUCAAGGAAAACAAAAAGUGUUAAUCAAAUCUACGUCUUUCGUUGCGACAGUUACCCAGCUACGCUAUCCGGUCGAGAUCCGUACAGUACCGAUGUGCUAGAGGCCCGCGACCGAAGAAGCCGCAGCUAUGUCGUCGGUGAAGGUGGCGGUGAGGGUCCGCCCCUUCAACUCGCGCGAGAUCGCCAGGGAGUCGAAAUGUAUCAUAGAGAUGACCGGCAACACUACAAUUAUAACAAAUCCAAAGGCACCACCAGGCAGCAAAGAUGCAGCUAAAAGCUUCAAUUUCGACUUUUCAUACUGGUCACAUAAUCCAAGUGAUCCUGAAUUCUCAUCACAAAUCAUGGUAUACAAAGACAUCGGCGAGGAGAUGUUACAGCAUGCUUUCGACGGGUACAACAUAUGUAUAUUCGCGUACGGACAGACUGGUGCGGGGAAGUCAUAUACUAUGAUGGGUCGCGGCGAGGACGGCCAGGAGGGCAUUAUCCCACAGAUCUGCAAGGACCUGUUCCGACGCAUCAAGCAGACAACAUCCGAUGACUUGAAAUAUUCGGUAGAAGUAUCUUAUAUGGAAAUAUAUUGUGAGAGAGUGCGCGAUCUGUUGAACCCCAAGAACAAGGGGAAUCUUCGUGUGCGCGAGCACCCAGCCUUGGGCCCGUACGUCGAGGAUUUGAGCAAGUUGGCCGUGACGUCAUACCAGGACAUAUACGACCUCAUUGAUGAGGGAAACAAGGCCAGGACAGUAGCGGCUACGAACAUGAACGAGACAUCAUCUCGUUCGCACGCCGUAUUCACGAUAUUCUUCACACAGCAACGCCAUGACAAGACUACAGACCUCAAUUCUGAAAAGGUGUCCAAAAUAUCCCUCGUGGAUCUCGCUGGGUCGGAGCGAGCUGACUCCACUGGUGCUAAGGGCACUCGUCUGAAGGAAGGAGCUAACAUUAACAAAUCACUCACAACACUCGGAAAAGUUAUUUCAGCGCUUGCGGAAAUCGCAUCAAAGAGCAAGAAGUCUAAGAAAGCGGAUUUCAUUCCGUACCGUGACUCAGUGCUGACGUGGCUGCUGCGCGAGAAUCUCGGCGGUAACUCAAAGACGGCCAUGAUAGCUGCCAUAUCGCCCGCCGAUAUUAACUUCGACGAAACGCUCAGCACAUUGAGAUAUGCUGACCGAGCCAAGCAGAUCGUAUGCAAGGCUGUUGUCAACGAAGAUGCGAACGCUAAGCUUAUUCGCGAGCUCAAAGAAGAGAUAUUCAAAUUACGGGAGCUGCUCAAGGCAGAAGGCAUCGAAGUGGAAGAAGCAGGCGAAGAAUCUCCGGCUUGCAAGAAGAAUGAGGCUGAAGUACUAUCUCCGAAGCUGUCACGCGCCGCCACCACCAUCGCCGAGGAGGCAGUCGAUCAGUUGCAGGCUUCCGAAAAACUUAUUGCAGAACUCAAUGAGACCUGGGAAGAGAAACUCAAGCGCACAGAAGAGAUCCGUUUGCAGCGUGAGGCGGUGUUUGCUGAGAUGGGUGUGGCUGUAAAGGAAGGGAUCACUGUGGGCGUAUACUCGCCUAAGAAGACUCCUCACUUGGUGAACCUCAACGAAGAUCCUAAUUUGUCCGAAUGUCUUAUAUAUUAUAUCAAAGACGGUGUGACCCGUCUUGGCACCGCCGAAGCAUCUGUGCCACAAGAUAUUCAGCUCUCUGGCUCUCACAUUCUCAGUGAGCACUGCAUCUUCGAGAACACUGAUGGUGUAAUCUGUCUGGUACCACACCGUGCUGCGCUUGUAUACGUGAACGGAAGAGAGGUGACAGAGCCGAUAAUUCUGAAAACUGGUUCGCGUGUGAUUCUUGGCAAGAACCACGUGUUCCGUUUCACGCAUCCCGGACAGCCGCGCGAGGAACGCGUCAGCAAUAAGGAGGAGCCACAGGAUACCGCUGCCUCAGCAGAUGUUCCUAGUGACACGGAAAAUGUGGACUGGGAUUAUGCACAAUGCGAGUUAUUGGAAAAACAGGGGAUCGAUCUAAAGGCGGAAAUGCAGAAGCGACUACUCGCACUAGAAGAGCAGUUCCGUCGGGAGAAAGAGCACGCUGACCAACAGUUUGAGGAACAGAGAAAGAACUACGAGGCCCGCAUUGAUGCAUUGCAGCGUCAAGUGGAGGAGCAAAGCGUCACCAUGUCCAUGUACUCCUCUUACACACCCGAGGACUUCCAUAACGACGAGGACAUAUUCGAGUGUUGGUCCGCGCGCGAGCUCGGUCUGGCCGCGUGGGCGUUCCGCAAGUGGAAGUAUCAUCAGUUCACAUCGCUCAGGGACGACCUGUGGGGGAACGCUAUAUUCCUCAAAGAAGCAAACGCGAUCUCCGUAGAACUGCGCAAGAAGGUCCAAUUCCAAUUCACUCUGUUAACGGACACUCCGUAUUCGCCCCUGCCGGCCGAACUCGCCCCGCGGGACGACGCCGACGACGAAUACAGGCCGAGCGCGCCCACUGUGGUCGCCGUAGAAGUCACAGAUACCAAGAACGGCGCCACGCAUUACUGGACUCUCGAGAAACUUCGACAACGUUUGGAGCUGAUGCGUGAAAUGUACCACAACGAGGCGGAGCUCUCGCCCACUUCACCCGACCACAACAUCGAGUCCGUCACUGGCGGCGAUCCGUUCUAUGACCGCUUCCCGUGGUUCCGUCUGGUUGGACGGAGUUUCGUAUACCUUUCGAACCUGUUGUACCCGGUUCCACUCAUUCACAAGGUGGCUAUCGUGAACGAGAAAGGAGACGUAAAGGGCUACCUCCGUGUAGCCGUGCAGGCAGUCAUCGAUGCCGAUAAAAAUAACGCCGAGUUCAUAGCGGGCGUGAAGCAAUCCGCUAAGAUAUCAUUCGACGACGACGUGGCGCCCACUCGGACACGCAUGAAGGCGCUCACUAAUGUUGACAAAAAUAACGCACUCAACUUGGAGGACCGCAUCGUCGAUACACAGGACUCCAAUAUCAAGAUUGAAGAGUUGGCAGUGGGCGAGUGCGACGCGGACAGCGGUCGCGGUGACAGCUCGCUCGCGUCUGAGCUGAAGGACGAGGAGCUGCCGGAGCACUUGACGCUCGGGCGAGAGUUCACGUUCCGCGUGACCGUGCUGCAGGCGCACGCCGUCGCCACUGACUACGCGGACGUAUUCUGCCAGUUCAACUUCCUUCACCGUAACGAGGACGCAUUCUCGACAGAACCUGUCAAGAACACAGGGAAAAAUACACCUCUUGGUUUCUACCACGUACAAAACAUAACAGUACCAGUGACGAAGUCGUUCGUGGAAUAUAUCAAGACACAACCGAUCGUUUUCGAAGUGUUCGGACAUUAUCAACAACACCCACUACAUAAGGACGCGAAGCAGGACGGCGUGGUGGGCGGUCGCACGCCGCCCCGGCGCAUGUUGCCGCCGUCGAUUCCCAUCUCGGCGCCGGUGCGCAGCCCCAAGUGGGGCGCCGCCUCCGUGGCGCCGCCCUGCUGCUCCAGCCACCUGCACUCCAAGCACGACCUACUGGUCUGGUUCGAGAUUUGCGAGCUCGCGCCCAGCGGAGACUACGUGCCCGCGGUGGUAGAACACAGUGACGAGCUUCCAUGUCGCGGUUUGUUCGUUCUACAUCAAGGCAUCCAACGUCGUAUUCGUAUUACGAUAUUACACGAACCCUCACACGACUUACAGUGGACUGAUGUCAGGGAAUUAGUUGUUGGGCGUAUCCGCAAUACACCGGAGGCUAAUGAAGAUACGACAGAUGGAGAUGAAGACGGUGCACUCUCAUUAGGUCUGUUCCCUGGCGAACGGCCCACGCUAGAUGACAGGGCCGUGUUCAGGUUUGAGGCGGCAUGGGAUAGUAGCUUGCAUGGCUCACCACUACUCAACAGGGUUAGUGCCAACGGUGAAGUGGUCUACAUCACGCUCAGUGCAUACUUAGAGGUGGAGAACUGCGGUCGCCCAGCCAUAAUCACCAAGGACCUGUCCGUGGUGGUGGUGGGUCGCGAAGCACGCUCGGGCCGCUCGCUCAAACGGGCCUUGUUCGGGUCCAGGGCCGCACGCGCCGACCGCAUUGCGGGCCUGUACGAGCUCAGUCUGCACCGGGCACUGGAACCAGGUGUGCAACGCAGACAGCGUCGUGUGUUAGACACUAGCGGCACGUACGUACGAGGCGAGGAGAACUUACACGGCUGGCGGCCCAGGGGAGACUCGCUUAUAUUCGAUCACCAGUGGGAGCUCGAGAAGAUGACUAGGCUAGAACAGGUUGGUCGCACGCGACAUUUCCUGGCGCUUCGAGAACGUUUGCGACAUGGACAUGACAACGCUGUAGCACCAAACGACUUCACCAAAACAGAGAAGGAAGUAUCAAAUAUGGCUGCCAAAGCGGCGUCGGAGUGUGCGCACGCGCAACGCGAUGAUUCAGUAUACGAGCCGUGGGAUAUGACCCCGCGCGAGAAGGAACUCUCACUCAAAUACGUCAAACUCAUACAAGUACAAAAAUCCGACUUACAAUAUAUAUCAGAUGCAAAAGCUCGUACAUGUUCUUCGUUACUUCCCAUUGCGGGAGGUGUGUCGGCAAAUACACGUAAAGGAAGGAUAGGUUCGUCCGGCAAGGAGGUGGAGACAGCUGUAUCGCCGGCCACGCCCGUCGACGAAGGAGUAUCCGCGGAUAUAUCCACGCCCAGUCUACUGUCCUCCAUACACAGCGCUAGCAGCUUUGAGUUAUGUUCGCCGGAGCGCGCGCUGUUAGAAAAGUCAAUGGCGGGUUGGGCGGGCGUGGGAGGGGUGGGCGCUGUGGGAGGCGUGGGUGGGGUGGGGAUGGCGGGCGGGGGGGCGCUGUAUGUGCCCGACUGUGAGGAGGUGCGCGUGUCCGCCGCUGUCGCGCGACGCGGCCAUCUCAACGUGCUGCAGCACGGCACGCACGGGUGGAAGAAACGAUGGCUGGUGGUGCGACGACCGUACGUAUUCAUAUACCGGGACGAGCGCGAUCCUAUCGAGCGUGCGGUCAUUAACCUCGCCAACGCCCACGUCGAAUACUCCGAAGACCAAGAACAGAUGGUCCGCAUGCCUAACACGUUCAGUGUGGUGAGCAAAGAGCGCGGUUACUUGCUGCAGACGCUCGGCGAUAAGGAAGUCCACGACUGGCUAUAUGCCAUCAAUCCUCUGCUCGCCGGACAGAUUAGGGAAGCGCCUGGCCUUCCGAGGAACAAGUACGUUGUCAGUAAAGGGUCAAUCGAGCCAUUUGAUUCAACUCGACCCACGUCAAUAUACACGCAUAAAGGUUUCCGCACACAGGUCGCGGUCCGCACGCCGCGGCGACAAACAGCAGCCGCCGCCGGCGCAGGCAUGAGACAGCCUCACCAUGGAGUCUAUCCUCGUUUAUUAAACGCGUCACCGACGCGCAACGCCGUGCGCACGGGCGUGUACGCGGCGCGCAUCCUUUGA